AUGGAGACCAGGGCCGUAGUGAUGGACUUCGCGAGCAUGUACAUCGGCCUCUACACCUGCUACUAUUCCGCGUUUCUUCUCUUUUUAGCCGGCCUCAACAGACUGAUCGCUUUUGGGAAACAGAGUCCGGCUCUUGCUUACCUGAGAAAGUAGGUUAAAUCUUAGAGUUAAAACCAAGAUAUAUCUUUAGAUGGAUGUGUCUAGUCCUAGCUCUUGUUGGAAUCCUUUCUUCUCUCCUGGCCCACUUCUACUUGUACCUAACCGGAAUGACCCGAAGCUACGACCCUGGAAUGGGAAUGAUGGUAACCACCGUCACCAACUUGAACUUGGCCAAAGUAGAUUCAAAAAAGGAUUUUUGGGGUCCUUCAUUUUGGAGCCCUAGGCGAUCAGCUACAUCGUGUACUUGAUUCCGCUGUCCUCGACGAUUUUCUACUACUUGGUUUAUCAACGACUCCGUGCUCAGCGUGGCGACGCCAUCAGCGACAGAACCAAACAACUUCUGACUUGUGCUGAAUUGAGCACCUUCAAAAUCGGCUGUGCUUUGCUUUCCACCUACGUUGUGAGUUUCAACAGGUUUAAGAUACAAAAAGGAUUUUUUAGUGGGGAGAAUAAUUUUAAAAUUGGCCGGCUUUUGAAAGCUGAUGGCAUAGAUUUAAGCUUUUCUAUCAAGCUCAGUUCUUUGAUCUUCGAUUAAAAAACGAGGUUUCUCUAACCUCAAGGAGACUCAUACCAGACCUUCCAGACCUCCAAAAUGAGUCUCUAGAAAAGCUUAAAUUUUCAAGUUUAAUUAUUUUUCUUCAGGUUUCGCUCUCGGCUCACAUCGCAAUGGACUUUGAAAAUCAGGAAGAAAGUGUGACUCUGGCCAGAGUCGAUGAAAUCGUCUCAACUUUCCCCCAGAUCGGACUGCCCCUUUCGCUUCUGUUAUGCAACAAAACGUUCCGCACAGUUUGUUCAAUAUCAACUUGAGGAAAAGAGGGAAAUUUGCAGAAAUUUCUCUCGCAUGUCUCCGGCUUCAAAACCAAGAGUUCUCGCGUCAGUUCGGCUUCUUCCCUGCGAAGCAACGCCACCAGAACCAACAGCCAUUCCCAAGAACCCAUCGAGAAACGAAAAUCUCUCUUCCAUAUCAAUCUCAUUUGAGAAGUUCAAAAGAAAGCGCAACUUCUUAUUCUCCAGUGUAAAUAAUUCUCUUGAGACAAAUAUUUUGAAGAAUAAGCUCCAAAUUGGAAAACUUGCAUGAAUAUGAACUUUAAAAUCCAUACCAUCGUUUUCAUUUUCAUUAAAAUCUAUUCAAAAGCAUGAAGAUUUGAACUGUUUCAGUAUCAAGCUAAAAAUAGCGGCAGUUCGAAACCAUUUGGAACUAUUUAAUAUAACUUUCUGAUUGAGUUUACAGCUUGGCAGAGCAUUUUACACGAUUUCCUCUUCUGCUUUUUUCUAACCUUUCCUCAUUAUUUUGUAGGUGAAAAUCUCGAAAAUUCAAAAAAAUCUCUCAUCAAAUAUUGAGUGACCUCAAAUAUAGCCCAAUUGUACAUAUUUUUUCUCAAAAAAAAAUGUCUAAAAACUCAAAAAAAAAACUGAUGAAAUCCCUCGUAUUGUAAUAAACUCAUUUAUCACAGGAAAGCACAAAAAAAGUAUUCGACUGAUUUCUCAGGCUUGAGAAGUUUAACGGAGACUGUUUGAAGCAAUAUUGGCAAGCUAAUUGAAGAUGAGACAUGAUAAACUUCAAAAAACCACAUUUCCAGAAAGUGUGGUAUAAUAUUGUUGUUGAAGCACAGAAAACUCUCAAGGAAGUUUCAGAAAUCAUGAAACAGCGAAAUGAUGUGGAGAAUUACAAAAUAGUGAGAUAAGGCGUUUGAAUCAUAACUGAUAACCUCUUUGAGUCGCCUUACCAAUUAUUCAUCCUUGUUAACGACACUAUUUCUACCUUCGAUAAUUGUGAUAAAUGCGCAAAUCGCGUCAUUUGUCCCGAGAUGACGUGAGUCGAAACGCCGGACCGAGUUUAUAUUUAAGAGGAAAUAGGAGCAUAGUUGAAUAUUUCAUUGAAUUUUGAGCAAAUGUUUUGUUUUGUUGAACUUUCUGACCAGUAACACGUAUCUCAAUUUCUUCUUUCUAACCUGAGCAAAGUAGGGAAACCGACCUUUUGGAACGACUUUCUAUAGAAUUAUAAAAACAGAAGACAACUUUCUCUGAAAUCCGUCUUUACUCGCUUCAAAUAAGAAAUUAAUCGAUUGCUAGUCUCUCUUCCAUUGUAAUAUUUCCGUAACCAUAACCAUUCUCUCUGACUUUUCUGUUCUUUUCUCUUCAAACUCAAUCUAAUCUUAUUUUUUUUUUCUCAACAAAUUUCAUUAUAAAGGCUGAUUAGAGAUUCUAAAUAUACCCUCAAAGAAGUAAACGGAGUUUUCGAACAAAAUUGUGGAUCCAACAACCAUGAAAGAACAAGUUUCGAUACUGGUCUAUUAUGAUGUAACAAAUCAUGAUAGAGUGCUAAAUGAUAAAAAUUUGCUAGUUUGCCGAAAAAGUCGGUAUUUUCCAAAAAACAAAAAACUGACGCUUGCGGGUAUCGAACUCGCGACCUCAAAAUCAAAAUUCGCAGCACACGCGCUGCGCCAAGCUGUUACUCUACAGAAUUUUUGCAAUGUGCAGUGCCUAUGGCGGCAUUUCGCAAAAAAGCUUCAUGCAUUUUGCAAAUCAGCGCUUUGCAUUUUGCCCAGAAGAACCUCGCAUUUUGCAUUUCUUUUUGGCCUCACUUUUGUACAGACGAAAAAAGUGAAAAAUGCGAGGUACUUCUGUGCAAAAUGCAAAGCACUGAUUUGCAAAAUGCAUGAAGCUUUUUUGCGAAAUGCCGCCAUAGGCACUGCACUUUGCAAAAAUUCUGUAGAGUAGGUCUAGAGAGGGGAGCUUCCAUCCGCUAUACCCUUGAGCCGUUUGAAUAGCACAGAUUGCCUAUUUCAAAAAAAUAAAAAAAUUUGAAGUAAUUUAGCUAUUUUUUUAUCAGAAUAAGUUCGCAAAUCUUUACUCAAACUUUCCGUGGAAAUUCACUUCAAAAACUGUUUUUUUAGUGCUUUUUUUGCCUCGUUCAACGGUCGCUGCAUUAAAAACGGCUCCGUAAAUUUUUUUGGCAAAAAAACGAAUUUUUUUAUUUUAUUCUUUUUAAUUGAAAGAUUUUUUUCACUAAUAAAUGUAUAUAAUCGUUUAAAAAAACUUGCGUUCGACCGCUUUCUGUGCAAUAAACGCCGCUAAUUUUAUUCUCUAUUUUCAAGAGCAUUUUUUUGCGUAUUUUUACAACUUAUUCAAGCACAUUUUUUUGAAUUAUGACUUUCGGCACUCCCUAAAAAUUUUUUUGGCAAAGACGAAUUUUUUAUUUUAUUGUUUAAAAAUUGCCGUUACUUUAAUCAAAAUCAUUAUUUUAAAAAAAAAGAGUGCGUUCGACCUGAAAACACAUGAAAAAGCAAAAAACGACAAAAUUUUUUAGUUCCAUUCACGUUUUUGUACGACAUUCCGCGAGAACGCAUCAAAAAAAGCGUGAAAUAUUUUUUUAAACAUUACUAUUAAAAAAACCAGAAGAAAUUCAACAACGUAUUCAGUUAUUAAAAUCCUAUUUUUAGCAUUUCUUUUCCAUCCUUUCCGAGGCCGUUUUCUCACAAGGGAGGUCAUUCGAAUUUGCGAUUGGGAAUUGCUUCCAUCUUUUCUUGAUGUACAAGAAGAUUCUGAAUUUCUCAACCUUCACGAUUUCUUAAUUAUCGAGAUAAGGGCUCAAACACUAAUAAUAGCCUAUUUUUACGGCGUUUGGGGUUUUUCUUUGAGUUUGGGGUGUUUUUCUUGAAAACUAGUAUGUUUUGCUUCAGAAUCUAAGACCUACUUCUGACGCUUCAAGGGGUCUGACCAGUCUUUAGGAAAUUCCCAACCAAAAAUUAAAACGACCACCCUCUUCAAAUGUUAUCUUACUAUUCAAAUAGUUUUUCAUCAGAGAAUUAUUUGACGAGUCUCCAAAAUCUCUCUCAUUCAUUUUUCUUAUCUUUAUUGAGGAUAAUUUAUGUACCCAAUAAAUCUACUUAGAUCUGAUAUUUCGAAAAAAAAUCUUGAAAACCUGCACGAUAACCUCGGGAGUUGAUGCAUCUUGACUAAACACCAAAACACGAAUUCUUCGGAAAACAGACCAAAAAGAAGCUGCCUGCCUCAUUCUUCCCCACUAGUUCAGGCGAUAAGAUAAGGGAAAGUGUCCGCGUCGCGACCGCAGAGCGAGUUCUGUUUCCACGUGCAGCCCGACGGCGAUAACGGUCGAUGGAAGGGCUCAGACGACGGUCAUGUCGACGCCGCCCGAGUCUUCUGGAGCCACGACGUCAGCUCGACCGGCGCCAGAAGGCCCCGAGACAUCUGGAGUCUUUGAACGCGUCUCCGUUAUCGUGACGCCGGUGAGUUAUUGAGUCAAUAAAGUUCCUUGCUUGGCAGUUAAUGCGAUAUGGCCGAUCAAACGGUAUUCUGCCACUAAACUGCCAGGACUUCUGCGCUACAUUACGUUUCUUAUCAGUUCUGUCAACAGCUCUGGCUCAAACUAACAGUAAUUCGGAUCAAAACUUCAAGAUUUUCCUUUAUAACUCACAAAAGUCCUAUAAAAACAUGGAAAGCUGAGAGCGAAAAAGUCAUAAAUCUCUUAACCCUAAUUUCUUCGACUUUCUCCCUAACACAGACGACUUGAAACGAAGUUAAGCAAUUGUUUUUAUAACAUAAAAAUUGAAGCACUUUAACGGGUAAUGUUAUUUUACAAUAAACUGUUUUUUAAAAAAAAAUCCAAUGUUUUAAAAACACUUUCUCCGAGGAAAGCUCAUGUUGAUUUUUUUCCGCUCAUAAUUUUACCACAACAACUACAUAAGUUUCUAAAUGUUUUAGUUCAGUUUUUUUGAUAGGCUCCGCCUCUUUUGUGGAUUACUGUGGCCGAAAUACGAUCCAACUUUUUUUCCCGUUGUCCAAAUCAAAUGAAACUUUUUUUAAGACAAAAUUCUGUAACAAAAAUAAACAUUUCUGUAUACUAACCUUUUUUUGACCUUUUUACAGACCGAAAAAAAUUAUUUUUCAUCGAAAAAUCGUGCAUUUUUUUCCAUUUUUUUGAUGUUUUUUUGAAGAACCCCUAUAAUAUUUUUUUAUUCAGUCUAUUUAUUAUACAUAAUUUCUUUUUUUCAGAAAAAAACUACGACGAUCAAAAGAGACGUCAAAAGAACACAGAAGCCGCAAGGAGAUGUCGGGAAAAGAUAAAACAAAAAGCAGAUCGGCUCCAAAAUGUUCGUUCCUUCUCUAAGCUCUUGCAGUUUUCUGCAGACAGAGAUUGUUCUCUCAAGACUUCCUUCCCUCUUUCAGUUAUCAGCAGAAAGUUUUGAGUCUUUUUUGGAAGACAUUUAUAUUGUAAGUAAAGGGAAACAUUUUCGGGAAGGAAAGCGUUUGCCACGUGAGGAAGUUAUCAAUUUCUAAUCAAAUUUUCUCGUUUUUGAGAAACCUUUCGAUAGAACCGAAACAGGCUGUGAGAUGACAAAAAAACCAUGAAAAAUUGAAGUUUUCAGGAGCUACGGCAACUCCGAGAGAGCAACAAUAGGAAAAAUGAAGUUCGCGAGGAUCUUAUACAAAAAGUGAGCUUUUUCCAUGUUAUUCCGAUAUGAAGGGUGCGCGAUAUAUAUAAAUCAUAUUCCAAAAAUUGGUUUUUAAACAAAUCUAAAAUCCGUAUCAAACUCUAACCCUCACGGGCAAAGUCCAGAAGUUUUGAAAAAAGGCCUUCAAAACGCCCCGCAGACUCCUUUUUCUUGACCUUUUUCUAAAAAGAACCUUCUUAGGAGAAUAAAAAAAGAGAUUCAGAGAAACUUUGGGAGUUUUUUCAGGAACUCAAAAAGGAACUCUGGAUUCUUCUUUUUAAGAUUUUUGGGGUUGUUUGGACUUCACCCGUGUUUAUUCUCAUUUUUUCAAAUCUCUUCAUCUUUAAUUCAAAACCGAAGUUGCUUUUUCUAAAAUUUAUAUCUACACAGUCUAUAAGGAAACCAGGAUUGUCCUCGAUAAUUUGAGCAUUGGUCCGAAGAUCUCUUAUCAGGAACAGACUGACUAAUGUGCGUAUACGGCUGUGUCAACAAAGACAAGGCAUUUCUCGAUUUGCACUUUUAUGCCAGAUUUCGAUAGAAAUCUAAUCAUCUACAUUUGCUUCAAAAUGAACCGACUUUGAAUUGUUUUUAACGCUCUAUUGCAUUGAAUUUCCUUUCCCACCUCAUUUUUCAUUUUCCAUGGCUUCAAGCAGAGGAAGAGACCCAUCUUUGGGCUUCCAACUAAACCGCACUGUUCCAUACAGGAAUAAUCGAGUUGAGAGCUCGAAUAUUUCUUCUCGGGAAAACCUUCUCAAAGAUCCUUGCUUGCAUCAUACCUUAUCUCGAUUACUUGCAAGAGAAAGAUAAGAUUUCUCUGUUUUAUCGAUUGCUCCAACUGUUGUCAGCAAAGGGACAGGACGUUCAUGCUUAUCAUACCAAGAAAGGAAUUUUAUGAGCUGCAUAUUUAGCGAGAAGACAGAAAACGGUUUUUUGAACGCUUCGUUUAUAUAGCCAGUAAGAAAGAGGUUGGGAGAUGAGAAAUCGCUUAUCGUUGAGCUUUUUCUCGAAACGAUCAAAAAAGAGAAGUGAAAGAAAAAUCUUUGUAUUCUUGAAGCAAAACGUAAUUCGAUUUCGGUCAUUUACUUAUUUCAAAUAGAUUCACGCACAAAUGUCUGAAAAAAAAAAAAAAUUUUGAAUUGAGUGACUUUAGAGAAAAAAAUUUAUAAAAAAACAAAAAAAUUCAGGAGAUUUACGUUCACGUCGCACUUUUUUUCUCGCGUUUGAAAAAAACUUACUUUUCCAGCUUAUCAAAAAUUUUAUUGAUAUAUAUGCGUUUUAGCGAUUUCGCGUCAGUUACGUUAAUCUUUUCAAAACUUUUUUUUGAGGACGAUAACGUUUGAAAAAAUGAAGAAAAAAGAAAACUAGCCAUUUUUGUUGAAGAUCCGCGACUCAAUCGACCAGAUCCAAGUGCGAGCUCUGACGGCUCCGGAAGAAGAAAAGACUCAGAUUCUGACGGAGGCCAACCAGAUCAUCGUCAAUUAUCUGGAGACGGUCAAAAUCCAAAGAGCCCAGGCCCGACAAAGGAUGCCGACGCCCCGUUCGAGUCCCGAUUGA